AUGUCCUCCGAACCGCUGUAUCCCGCCUAUCUCCCCACGCGCACAGACGGCUACAUCGCGCCCAUAGCGGUCCCCGCCUUUGACGCCGACGAGCCUGGCCUGCGGGCAGAUCCCUCUAAAGCAAGUCUCCUCAGGAGCGCUACCGUUGAGAACAUCACACCGCGUAUAGGCACUGAGAUCCGGGGCGUGCAGAUCAGCAGUUUGAGUAAAGAGGGUCUUGAUGAGUUGGCUCUGUUGGCUGCUGAGCGGGGCGUUGUGGUUUUUAGAGACCAGGAUUUUGCAGACGUGGGCUUUGAGAGGCAGAAGGAGAUUGUUAAGCAUUAUGGGCCGCUACACCAGCAUCCUACCAUGGGAUAUCCUAAGGGUACUGGACCAGAGUUCCAUGUCGUUUAUGCUGAUGAGAAGUCUGGAAACUUAAGAAAGCUCCUGGGACCUCGCACGACAUACGAUCUGUGGCAUAUCGACCAAACAUUUACUCCCAAUGUUCCGUCAACCACAUUCUUCUGGGUCCUUGAAAUUCCCAAAUCCGGCGGCGGCGACACUGCAUUCACCUCCCUCACCGCCGCCUACGAAGCUCUCUCCCCUGCCUUCAGAGAGACCCUAAGCGGCCUCAAACUGCACCACACGUCCGCCUCAGAAGGCGAAGUUCGACGAGUAGGUCAAGAGCGAGCCCUAGCAGAAGCCAUCAACGCCACGCAUCCUCUCGUCAUAAAACACCCCGUCACCGGAAAGCCGUCACUAUUUGUCAAUCCGACUAUUGCUCGUCAAGUAGAGGGUUUUCUGCCUGAGGAGUCUGACCAUCUGCUGUCGUUUCUUAAGAAUCAUAUUCGUAGCUUGGAUUUUAAUUGCAGGGUGAAAUGGGAGAAGGGUACGGUUGUGGUGUGGGAUCAGAGAUGUUCUGCGCAUUCGGCGGUGCCUGAUUUUCAGGAUAAUGAGAGGAGGCAUAUGGUUAGGAUUAUUCCGUACGGGUCGCAGCCUGAACCUUACUCUAAGUAG